GAUUGCACCGCCAAAUAUGACACAGAAAUGAGGAGAUGGUAAAAUACAUCUAAUAAGCUUCAAUUUGACGUGCGUCGACCCCAGUCAGUUUUAAAUUGAAGAACUAAAUUUAUAGCAUGAAGCUGUUCAGUUUGGUUGUUGGCUAGACUGCCCUCUAGCGAUUCAUUCAUUCAUCAGUUGGGAAGAGUUGCCCACAACCACAGGGAUCAGGAGAUUGUUGACAUUGCAAGUUCCAGGACCCUGGAUAUUUGUAAAGCGAGAAGGUCAACCAUUCCCCUCCGGGUCAACACACUCAAGUGCCAUUGUCAGUGUAUUUUGAGCAUUGCCUGACAUAUUGCACGGUGUGUUAUCACAGAGGCAGGAAACGGCAGACUGGGCACCGUGUCUGCUGGUUGUUUUUGGCUGUGCAUUGUGCAAUCAGCACCAUGCUUGUUGCAACUCGUUUCCUGGAUUUAAUCCUGCCGACAUACAGUGUACAUACAUGUACAUGUAGUUUCCUCAUAUACUAUUUGCUUACAUGUACCUGUGGACAACAUUGAAGUCCAAACUUCUCUCCAGGAAGUACCGUACAGCACUUAUAAAGUAGCGGUAUUGUUGUCGUGCCAUUCACUGAGCUUUGCACAGAUUUUAAGGGACCUCUUGCAUUGACAAGAGCCCGACCAAGAUCGCCCCGUUCUCCCCGACGCGUCACAUCAAGCCCUUCCCAAAGCACACGCCCACCACCAUGGACGAGACUUAUGCUGAGCUGGCCAAGAAGGUCUUCCGCAACAGCCGUUACGACGAGUCGCGCUGCCCCAACUACGAGUUCCCUGACGAGAUCCCUAUCGAGAGCGAGCAGGAGAAGAAGAAAGGGGUGGAGAAGCAGAUCAGCUAUGCCAGCGCCAAAAAGCAUCAUCACCAGCAGGGCGAUAAAUUAGCCCAUUUGAACCAUCUCCAUGACAACACUUUGAGCGCCAGAGAGGCCAGCGAGACCAGGUCCCGCACCAUUGACUAUGAUACCUGCCCCCUGGACAGUGAGGUUGACUCGAUGACGAAUGAAGUCACCAGUACUGAUGAUUCCACGGCAGUGUUUGAGUUGGAGUACCAGAGGGUGUCCAUCAGCGGGGACGACAAGAGUGGGGUGCCACCCCAGGACCUCUAUGAUGCCUCCAGGUCCCUCAUCGAUGCCUUGGUGAUGCGGGAGAAAUACAUGAAGUUGGCCCUGCAGUCCUUUCCCCGCAAGGCGGCCUCUUUCCUGCGCCAGAUUGACGGCAAGCCAAUGGACAAUGGCGACUCCGUCAGCCCUGUGCAUGAUGCAGAAAAUCAUCCUAUUCACCCGCCCACCAUGGAGGGAGACCCUUUUGCCUGCGAGCUGCCGGAGCCCAUGCAGUGUGAGUUCAAGAUGAAGGAUGGCAUCAUCCGUGUCUAUGAAAACGAAGAGGAUGUGGCGAGGGACAAGCCCAUCGACUUGCCCUGCGUGGACAAGAUGACGUUUCUUGCCGAUUCCAACAUGAUGAUGGCGCUCAUGGCCAACGGACCAAUUAAGUCGUUUUCUUAUCGGAGGCUGUCCUACCUGGCCUCCCGGUUUCAUCUGCACAGUCUGCUGAACGAAAUGAAGGAGCUCGCUGCUCAGAAGUCUGUGCCCCACCGAGAUUUCUACAACAUCAGAAAGGUGGACACUCACGUCCAUGCGUCCUCUGGAAUGAACCAGAAACACCUCCUGCGAUUCAUCAAGAAGAAGAUGAAAACAGAUACCAACAAAGUCGUCUGCAAGAACAGGGACGGAUCCACGAUGACGCUCAAACAGGUGUUUGACAGUCUGAACCUGACAGCAUACGACAUCAACGUCGACACCCUGGACGUGCAUGCUGAUCGCAACACCUUCCAUCGUUUUGACAAGUUCAACUCUAAGUAUAACCCCAUCGGGGAGAGCAAACUCCGGGAGAUCUUCAUUAAGACGGACAACCACAUCGGCGGACUCUACUUCGCUCAGUUGAUCAAGGAGAUGUGUAAUGAUUUGGAGGAGAGCAAGUACCAGAAUGCAGAGUACCGGUUAUCCAUCUACGGACGCAAUGAAAAGGAGUGGGACAAGCUGGCCAAGUGGGCCGUCGACCACCAGGUCUACUCAGACAAUGUCAGAUGGCUUAUCCAGAUUCCCAGGCUAUAUGAUGUCUACCGAUCCAACAAGAUGGUGGCUAACUUUGCCAAGAUCCUGAAUAACAUCUUCAUGCCGCUGUUUGAGGCUACAAAGGAUCCCAGCUCACACCCAGAGUUGCACAAGUUCCUACAAUACGUGACCGGCUUUGACAGCGUGGACGAUGAAUCCAAGCCCGAAGACCUGAUCUUCACCUCAGACAGUCCGGAGCCGGAGCAGUGGACGUCCACUGAAAAUCCACCCUACUCCUACUGGAUCUUCUACAUGUACGCCAACCUUGUGGUCCUCAAUCACUUCCGGAGGGAGCGUGGUUUCAACACCUUUGUCCUCAGACCGCAUUGUGGAGAGGCUGGCCCCGUCCAUCAUCUCGUCACUGCCUUUAUGCUGGCAGAGAACAUCUCCCACGGAUUGCUGCUAAGAAAGACGCCAGUGUUGCAGUAUUUGUACUACCUGGCCCAAAUUGGCAUUGCCAUGUCCCCCCUCUCCAACAACUCCCUCUUCCUGAACUACCACCGCAACCCCCUGCCAGAGUUCCACGCCCGGGGACUGUGCGUCUCCCUGUCAACCGAUGACCCGCUACAGUUCCACUUCACCAAGGAGCCCUUGAUGGAGGAAUACAGCAUUGCUGCUCAGGUAUGGAAACUGACAACAUGUGACAUGAGCGAACUCGCCAGAAAUAGCGUUGUUAUGAGCGGCUUCCCAAAUGAGUUCAAGGACCACUGGCUUGGGCCCAACUGGCGCAAGGAAGGCCCCCCGGGGAAUGACAUCACGCGCACCAACAUUCCGGACAUCCGGGUGGCGUUCCGGGAUGAGACGCUGACCGAAGAGCUGACCACCAUCUGCCGGUCGGUUAAGGAGAUGGCCCACCGGAACAGUGUGGUCACUGCACCCAAGUUCUGAUUGCGGACCAAGUACGAAUGUCAGCACGGCAAGACGGGCCCAGCCCCCCCCUGAUGUGUCACUUGUGGGAAAUUCAAUCAGGGUGAAAAUACCUGAAUUGAAAGUGUUAGCCCAUUGGCACUUUUAUUACAUUGUAUAACACCGUGCUGCAUUGUUUUACAAUAUGGUACACUGUAUUACAAUAUGGUACAUUGUAUUACAAUAUGCUACAUUGUAUUACAAUAUGCUACAUUGUAUUACAUUGCAUUACGUUCUAUCACACUGUGCUACCAUGUAUUUCAUUGUGCUAAAUGCCAUCACAUUGCAUUGCAUUGUGUUAUAUUUAUAUUUAUCCGUGAACUCAUAACACUAUACUGUGCUCUGGUGGUUUGGGUGAUACAGGGAAUAAUGGGCUACUGUGGGCAGAGGCUGGGCUGAGUAAAGUCUGCAGUUUAUUAAGAAAUAUUGCGCAUGAACUCAAAAGCCGAGGAGGCCACCCAGAGUGCAGCUGAUAUAUCACCUCGCUCUGGCUCCUACAUCAAGACAACUGUAAGGGCUGUUUCACUGGUUAGCACUUCACUCGGAGAUGUCUUCUUGCUUGCAUUAUGCUCCUUUGGAAAAGUGCCUCGUGGCUCUUUGUAGGCAUGGAAAGGGUUUCCAGUGUGUUCCUGGGUGGAGAGGACUACUCCGGGAUAAGUGUGGCCAAAGGCAACUCCUCCUUUUAUCUGAUGGCCAGAAUUAGGAAGCUGUUAAUGUCACAGGGCACAACUUCUGCAGAGGU